AAGAUGUCUCAUGCUGGGAAACGAUAUCAAGAUAAGCAAUACAGGCAUCAAGAGAACCAUGGAUCUCACAGAUAUGAUGAAGACAGAAGAGUGAGAAAACCAUACCCCUACAAUGCAAGGUGUUUUGAAGUUUGUGGAAAUCACAGUUAACCUGCUGGUGCUGAUCUGCGUGGGCGCUGCCCAGGCUUCUGUCGCAGGCUUCACCUCCCUCGGCGGCUUGGCCACCGGAUCCUUUGGCCUGAAUUCAGCCUACAGCCCCUUCGAGGGCACGGAGCUGAAGGAGGUGAGGGAGCUGGACAUGCAGUUCACUCAGAUGAGAGCCCCUUGCGUGUACGGCGGAGUCGCCUUCAGCUUAACCGCAGCCGUACUUACCCUCUUCUUCCUCGUCGUGGGGGCGAAGCCCAUCCAGCGGCUCAGGGUGAGGCUGCUGGUGGGUGAGUGCGUCUUCAACGUGCUGGCAGGCGCUGCCUACGUGGCGGCCAUUGGCCUGUACCUGCACUUUGUCAGGCAGGUGAACGCCACGGAGGUGUGCGCACGGCGGGAGCGGCUGUACGCACGCCGCGGCUACACCUCCAUGAGCUGCACCGUGCAGGGCGGCGAUGCUGCCGUCGGCCUCUUCGGGGUGGCCGCUGCCUGCUUGUACUUCGGCAGCUUCGUGGUCUGCAUCCUCGCCAUCCGGACCGUCCGGGCCUUCCGGCGCCAGGCGGCUGAGCCUCAGCGCAGCCCCAAAAGCAGCGUUGGAGACAGGAGCGGCAGAAACCACCCUGCUAUCCCCAGGAACUCUGAAAGCUCCCACAAUGUCCAGGCUCUCGCCACCUUAGUGUGAAGUUGGCUCUGGGACCGUGACAGAGAGCUGGAGCUUCAGCAAGGGAUGGACUCUGGGCAUCACAUGCUAAACAGAUGAACUCUCCACAAGGUUUUGUCCUGCAAGGUGCUGAAGUGUGCACUCAGUCACUAACUGCAACAACACAGCUAUAACAUGAUGUAAUAAAAUCAACGUGGAGGAGAUGUUUUGACAAGGGUUUUUGGAGCUGGACUCCUGCAUUUAAAACGUAUGUGACUGUA